CAUCCAUCGACUCAGAAUCCAAAAAGUAAACAACAAAUCUAAUUAGUGUCGGCGAAUAAUUUUCUUAUCAGAAGCUCAUUAAGCAUGGAUCCCGAUAGAGACCUUGAUGCAUGUUACGAACAUGUCAUGAAAUUAGUCGACGAAGUUGGAGAUAUAAUUUCGAGUCGAUUUUUCGCUCCAAAAGCCAAAGUUGUGACAAAAUCCUCAAACAUUGAUUUUGUUACCGAAACGGAUCAACAAGUUGAGAAACAUUUAAUGGAUGGCAUCACAGCGAAAUUUCCAUCGCAUAAAUUUAUUGGCGAAGAAGAGACCAGCGAAGGAAAAGCUGCUGAACUCACGGAUGCUCCAACCUGGAUAAUUGACCCGGUCGAUGGAACAAUGAAUUUCGUGCAUGGAUUUCCGCAUUCUUGCGUCUCGAUUGCGUUACUCGUUGAUAAAGUGACGGAAAUUGGGAUCGUUUAUAAUCCUGUGUUGAAUCAAAAGUUCACCGCACGUCGCGGAAAAGGAGCUUUUUUGAAUGGAAAGGAAAUUCAUGUUUCUUCUGUGACGUCAUUAGCUGAUGCUCUCAUUUGCACGGAGACAGGAACGUCUCGCGAUGAACAAAAAAUGGUUGUUGUCAUGGAAAAUUUGAAUAAAUUGACGAGAAUCGCCAAUGGAAUUCGUUGUUUGGGCGCCGCUGCCUUGAACAUUUGCAUGGUUGCUCUCGGCGGAGCAGAUUGUUACUUCGAGUUCGGGUUACAUGCGUGGGAUAUGGCAGCUGGAGAGCUCAUUGUUCGUGAAGCAGGAGGCGUUUCUUUGGAUCCAUCAGGAGGCGCUUUGGAUUUGAUGUCUCGUCGAUGUCUUGUUGCCGCAUCUCAGGAAUUGGCGAACGAACUUAUUCCGCAAUUGACGCAAUAUCAUCCAUUGCCAAGAGAUUAAAAUGCAAAAAAAAAGUUAACCAAAGUACUUAUCCGAAUUAUUUAUGAUUGAUAUACCAAAACGUACAUAAAUGUUACUUAAAAACCACAAAAUUUGAUCUAAUUUUGUUCUGUCUGCGGUUUUUUCCCUUAUCAUGUUGUAUUUA